CUUUCCAUUGUAAACAGCUGUUUUGUUACCACAAUGCGGCAACCGUUCGCCAAUUUAUUAAUCCGACGCUUCCUGCAAACUCAGAACUCUGUGCAACAUGCCAAGCAACAGCCCAACAACCUUAAAGGAAAAAGCAAAAGCUCGCAGGAUUGGCUGACACGGCAGCUUGCCGAUCCCUAUGUAGAAAAGGCGCGCAUGUUGAAUUAUCGUUGUCGCAGCGCAUUUAAGCUCCUCGAAAUGGAUGAUAAAUAUAGAGUUCUGAAACCGGGCGACGUCGUGUUGGAUUGCGGUGCUGCGCCGGGAAGUUGGACACAAGUGGCUGUUGAGCGUACCAACGCUAAUGGGAAGAUAGAACGUGCACCUCUUGGUGCAGUGUACAGCAUAGACCUGUUGCAUUUCCAUGCAGUACCAGGAGCGACUAUUUUUGGCGGAAUGGAUUUCACAACAUCGCUGGCCAAGCAACGUCUACGUGAGUCCCUGGCAGGUCGUCCAGUGAACUGUGUGCUCUCUGACAUGGCACCCAAUGCAACUGGCGUUCGUAUGCUGGACCAGGAGAGCAUCACAAAUCUAUGCUAUGAAGUGCUUAAGUUUGCUCUGGCCAUGUCAGCACCACAAGCAAAUUUGGUGAUCAAGAUCUGGGACAAUGGCGAUGUGCCAAAACUGGAACGAGACAUACUGUGCUAUUAUGAGAAAGUUAAACGCGUUAAACCGCGCGCCAGUCGUGGCGACUCAUCGGAGCACUUUUUAUUAGCGCGAGGAUUUAAAGGAGCUUUGACCACAUAACUUUAGCUAAUUUAAAUAUAUACCAAAGUAAAUGUAUCUUUAGAUCCCAAUUUCUUUAUUGUUAAUUGCAUAAUAAAUUUUAAGCAUAGGCA